UUUGUCACAGUCAGCACUAACGAAGAUUUCGUAACUCAUUCUGUAAAACCGAUCGAAAAUAAAACAUGGGAAAAUUGGAAUGGAAAAAUUCAUAUUUCACCAAAUGCCAUUUUUGAACUGUCUACGCUUGAAGACCUUAUAGAAAUUGUAAAACUAGCAAAGACAAAUAAUAAAACUAUUCGAUGCGCUGCCCAAGGGCAUACAGAAAGUUCCCUGUCUGUCACAGAAAACUAUCUAGUAGUAGUUACAAAUUUAAAUCAGAUUACUGUGCAAAAACAUCCAAAGUAUGGCUGGACUGUUACUGCCGAAGCAGAUCUAUUCUGGGUUAUUAAUUGGGUACGAACCGAUGAAUCUGUGAACUUCACACAACAACAGAUCAAACAAUUAAAUGAAGCUCACAAACAGGAUGAUAUUCGCCAGUCUGAGCUCCUAAUUAGUCUCUUGCAAAAUCCUGAGGCAACUCCGAAUAUUACUGGCACAAUUAACGUCAAGGCUCAUUUUAUGGCUCUUGGAUUCAAAGUUGAUUCGAAUCUUUCCAAUUUCGUUGCCGAAUUGUUUCGUACAAUCCAAACAUUAUAUGAAUUUGCAAAAAAAGGAAUUUUUCCAAUAAAUCUUUUUCUGUAUAUUAGAAUCAUAAAAUCAACCGAUGCUUUAUUAUCUAAUGUUUUCAAUCAUGAUCCAAAAACUUUGUAUUGUCAAUUGGAUUUUGUAACAGUUCUUGAUACUCCUGGAUGGAAAGAAUUUGCACAACUAAUUGCGCAGAGAUAUUUUGAUAAGUACAAAGCAAAACCUCAUUGGGGAAAAGAAUGGGAGUUUAUUCCAAAU